AUGAACGAUGCUCUAAUAUCAUUAGAAAAGAUAGAAUUAUUAGAUGGUGGUUUUGGUACUGAAUUGGAAGCUGCUGGAUGCAUAAUUGACAAAGAUCCACUAUGGAGUUCCGCUGCGAUAUUUAAUAGACCUGAUCUCAUACUUCAAACUCAUAAAAAAUUCAUUGAAGCUGGCAGUGAUAUUAUCCUUACGAACACUUAUCAUGCCAGCAUUUUUACAAUGAUGAAUUCGCGUGGUAUGUCAAAGACAGCUGCUGAAUCAUCUGUAAAAAAAUUAGUUUCAAUAGCAAAACAGGCAGCUGAAGAGUUGUCAGCGUUACAAAGAAUAAAAAUAGUUGGUUCAGUAGGACCAUAUGGUGUAACUCUCCAUGAUGGAUCUGAGUAUAAUGGGCAUUAUGUUGAUGAGCUCGAAGAACAGAUUAUAGUGAACCAUCAUAUCCAGCAAACAAUUCCGCUCCUUCAGGAAGGUCUCAAUGUUCUAGCUUACGAAACAGUUCCAUCAGUUAAAGAGGCCUUGGCUAUACUAAGAGCUGUAAAUGCUAUACAGCACUCGUUUAAAUUCUGGAUAUCAUUCUCUUGUAAAAAUGAUGAACUAACUAAUCACAAUGAAUUAUUUCACGAAAGCAUAAAGAAAAUUUCACACCACCCCAAUAUCAUUGGAAUAGGUUAA